AUGAAUAUCUCGAUAUCUGAAAAUCUUCAUGCCCCAACGGUCAUUUUCAUAGCUGGAUGGCCAGACACAUGCGAUGUUUUUCGUAAUAAUAUUCAACGUGCUCUAGCAGCCGACUACCGCAUUGUCGGCAUUACGAUUCCUGGAUUCGACCACGAUCACCCAUUCUUUCAAGAGUUCAGCCGGUCUUUUCCGUGCCCACCGGAACGGAACUACCUGGCAUCAACAGGAAAGCAUCGCGAGGAUGCGGUAUUUUCUUCUUGUACCACAAAGCGUUCGAUCCCGUUUUGGGAGCAAAUUUACAAGCACCCGAGUGGCUCUAUUUCCACUUCUGAGGCCUUGCCCAAACCUCCGAUGGAAGGUGAGGAAGCUGUGAGAGAAUAUUCCUCGCGGAACACCCAUUCUUCUCAGCACUCUUCCGCGUCCUUUUCCAAACGUACGUAUCGCGCUACAACAAUGCAAACCACAGAGGGUGUCCUCAUGCGGACCCCGCGCUUUGGGUAUAGCUUCCAGGAUCUCGUAACCUUUCUAGAAAUUGCGGUGGAUACCGCAAUGGAGAAUUACAACUACUACCCCAGGGCUUUCGUUCGAGCCACGCUGGACGUUGAGGAUCAUGGGGAACAUGCACAAGAUAUCCCUCCACACCAGCUACAACCGUGCUACCCCAGACCGAUCCUUGUGGCGCACGAUUUCGGUUGUUUACUUGCGUAUGAGCUUCUUUUAGCGAGGCCAAAAUUAUUUUCACGCAUCAUAGCACUGGAUACUGGAAUGAGGGUGUCCGAUAGAGGACUCCAAACGAUCACGCGCCCUAUCAGACGGCCCCGCCACAUCAGCGCCAUGAGGAAAAACAGGCCCGAUUCACUUUCUGUAGCGUCAUUGCGGGAGGAGGCAAAGACGGCAAAUCAGAUACCUGACAAGACCUUUGCCUUACCGCCUGCGGCUACGCAUUGUUCGAGCUCCACCCCUUCCUCUCACAUACCCAACUCCAAAGCUAACGGAGCGGGUGUCGACAUCCCCAGCCUGGCCCAUGCGGAGGGCGAUGCCUUGGUAGACAGCCCAUUAUCCCCUUCGGAGGGCCUCACCACAUCCAUCACGAAAAGCACGACGCUCAAGCCCGUCCAGCAGCCCCCCUAUGUGGAAUCACCCGUAGGUAAGGCCCAUUUGAGAGGAAAGGCGAGUGCUAAAUCAUUUUCGCCGCCCUCUUCCCCGCCCUCUGUGUCGUGGCGAGCGGGGAAAUGCCCGAAAGAGCGCACAGGCCCUUUUCAACAAUGGAUAGAGUGGGGCAUCGCGUUCACCAAGGAGCUGGUGGUGAUCCUCUGCGGACUCUUCCUCCCCGUUAUGAUCGCACGGUGGGUUUUGCGUAUCCUUCUAUACCUGUCUAAUCGGCCCUGCUAUUCGUACGAUCCACGGUAUCAGUUUUCCCCGGAAACAGUGGGUUACACACAGCACGGCCGAUCCGAUUGUGAAGGACACCAUGAGGUGAAAAAACUCCUGAAAACGGUCGAGUUAUCCGUGGGGUUGCUGUUCAAGCCACGAUCCUGGAUUCCAUCUUUUCUGCUGAGAGCUUUGCCUCGCUUCCCAUCCCGCAAUCCCUCAGACGGCAUCCCUCUCAACGACUAUUCGCUGUUAAACAGUUUCCACACUCCCAACAGCCACGAUGGGCGCCACAAAGAUCCCAACAGUGUGAGCCUGGAAACGACGCAAGCAUAUAACUCUUGGUGUAUUUUCAUGGUUCCAUUUUUGGCGUCCGGCUCCCCAUCACCCCAAUGCCACCCCCCUCAGUUGUCUUAUCAGCAAGGCUCGCGAGAUAACCCUGUUUUUCCGGGGUCUGAGGACGACGUCGCGCGCGCGAGCGAUCAAAAAACGAACCAGCUUUCCUCGUUGAGGGGCUUUAUUCCUGAUUCUGCAGCUGUAAAUGACUCUAAUUUAAAACCCUGGAAGUUUUCUACCCAAUACGCACUAGCGGAGUCAGGAAACAAGGCCACUUCACACUGCAUGUGGGAUACAAUGAGCGGGGUAAAUCCCUAUUAUGCGUACAGGGAUCGCUGGUGUGAGGAAGAUUACUACCACGGCGGCAGACUCCCCUUUAACUUAAGGGGCUCUACUCCUGAAACGGCUGGAGCGGACCCCUCGGCGUCACGUAGCCUCCGUUCGCCUCCCAACAGCGCUUCGGAGUCGAUAAGAUCGUUGUCAAAGAAAAACAUUUAUUACAAGUCGUUCUUCUUUCCUCCGCUUGGGGUUUCCUUGGAGGGAAAGAAUACUAAAAAUAUGUCUGAGGCGAAGUCAAGGGCGGCGGCUUGCUUUUACCCCUGCCGGUACGAAGGACUACCUUGCUAUGAGGAAAGUGACGUGGCCGCUGCUACUUUCAGUAUGAGAAUUCCAUCCAACAUCAGAGCUUACAAGAAUAAAAUGCGUACCCUUAAUGAGCUAAGUGUACAGGUAAGCCCAGAGAAAUAUUGGAUUUAUUUACGCUAUUGGAUCUCCAUCUUUACAGCUUGGGUUUUUUCACCAAGGCAAAAACCAUCUUAUGCGCCUUCUCAACCCAUGCAUACGCUAGAGAGACCUAAUAGAACCCUUCAGAAAAGAAGUUCUCACAGAAAGACGCGAGGAUUUAACAAGGAUGAGAGUUCUCGAGGGGGAGGCUCUACGUCCGAUGGCCUUAUUUACAAAGAGGGGACAAGGUUUUCACCCUUGAUCUCCGAGAGACAUUUUUCUCCGAUCCCGAUUCCUAUUCUUUUCAUGUAUGGUAGCAAUAAGUCUGUCAUGCAGCAUUCACCUCAAUGGUGUGAUUAUAUCACAUCUGUAAAACGAGUAGAGGAUGGCAUUUCGAAUGCCAUAAUGAUAAACGGGGGCGGUCAUUGGUUCUUUGCCGAACCUGCCCACCGUGAAGAAGUGGCUAAAUGGAUCCUUGAAUUUAUUAAAACUCCAGAGAAGUGA